AUGCACAUAGAAAUAGACCGCACUAAAAAUGGACGCACCAGAUUAACUCUCACACAUUCUCCGGUCUUCAUUGUUUGGAUCUGCAGUUUCUGUCGUCGGCCCUCCCUUCCCCGCAAUCUGCCCCCACACGCCCGCAGGAGGCGAACACGGUUCGAGCCCCCUGCUUGCCUCUCCCCGGAAAAAUCACGGGAAGGAAGAAAAAACCCACGCAACUUCCACUGCUGCUGCCUCUCCAACCCCUUCUUCCCCAAAUUCAAAAAAAAAAAAAACACUUAUUCCCCGGUGCUCCUCCUCUGGCGCUCCUUGGCUAGGGGCGCGGCUGGCCAGGCCUCGCCGUGGGUGGCCCCGUCGUGGGAUUCCGAUGCGUGGGCGGCGGCGGCUAGUUCACGGCGUGUAGUCAGCAACAGUAGCAUCCCGGCGUGCAGGCUAGGCCUCCUCCACCGUGGUUCUCGGCUGGCCGCGUUGGGCUUGGGCCUUGCCUCGGCCGGCUCCGAGGCGCGGAGGUUCCUAGCCGGUGGGCUGGGCGUUGCGGGACGAGGCGCCCAGGAUUGGUUUCACGUAGGAUCUCAUUGUGCGGUGAGCCGGAACUUUGCAAAGCUACCGGUGGGCGUUGUGUGCGUUGCCGACGUGCAGUUCAAAGGGAGAGGAUUUCAGGCUGCCCAACUUGGCUUUGUUGUUGUUGGUAAAGUUGUGUACUUUACAUCCUCAAAUUCCGUUGCAGGAUUUCAGGCUCUUGAGGAGCAAUUACUAUAACUCAUGGCUUCAUAGUCACGGAGGAGUCACCAAAAUUUAGAGAAAUCAGCCAUCGUCGAGGGCUUCCCGCCGAUUGCAGUCGUUGGGGCCUACACAAAGCAUGAUUUAUUUUUGUCAAUCUAUAUGUUGCGCUCUCAUCUAUAUCCUACUGGCCGGCUAGCAGUCAAUGAGAUAGCAGCUCUAGUAGUAUUCGGAGCCAGGAACAUGUAACACUCUAGUGUAUAUAUUCUAGCAGUUAGCAGUUCCAUUCGUUCAUCAGUUGAUAAUGCCUUCCAGCUCUGGUCCCCGAGCUGGCCGAUCCUGCUGCUCCUACUACUCCCAAAGCGUCGUCGCCAGCAGCAGUGUGCGGCCCCUACUGCCAUGGUCGCAGCUCUCUCCCCACCACCGUCGUCGAUCCAGCAACUCUCUUUGGGCUUCUGGGCUACGACGCAGCUGUGGUCAUCGGCCUCAAUUGGUUAGAGCUUUCCAGCCUGAGUUUAAAUUUUCGUGAGAGCGAGAGCGAAUUAUGUGUAAAUAAAAAUUCUCAUGCUAGUGUAGCCAGUGGGUUUUUCGCGAUUGGGAAGAAUAGUUUUUUUUCCUUAAUGAAAUACGGUGGGGGCCUCUCCUCAUGGUCGCGUUUU